AUCGUAAAGUGGCUACCUUAUGCAAUUUCACAUAUUUCUCUUCGUAAAACUGGCUUACUCAAAGUAAUCGAUCGGAAAAUAAUCAGCAGCAAAAUUGUGAGAAUGGCUCCGGUAGCUCCUAGAUCCGGCGACGCCAUUUUCGCCAAUGUUGAACGUGUGAAUGCUGAGCUUUUCACCUUAACUUAUGGUGCCAUCGUGCGACAACUCCUCACAGAUCUGGAGGAGGUUGAGGAAGUCAACAAACAGCUUGAUCAAAUUCAAGAUAUACUAAUGUGGAAGGGGGAGCGUUGGCGUAACUGGGGUUAUAACAUUGGAAUUCGGCUCAUUGAUGAGUUUUUGGCAAAAUCUAACGUUUCACGGUGUAUUGAUUUCAAGGAAACAGCUGAAGUCAUUGCCAAGGUUGGCCUCAAAAUGUUCCUAGGUGUUACAGCAAAUGUUGGCAAUUGGGAUGCUGAGGGAACAACAUGCAGUCUAAUUUUGGAGGACAACCCCUUGGUAGACUUUGUUGAGCUUCCCGAUACUUGUCAAGGUCUAUACUAUUGUAACAUCUUGAGUGGCGUAAUCAGAGGGGCACUAGAGAUGGUUUCAAUGAAGACCGAAGUCACAUGGGUCCGUGAUAUGCUUAGAGGGGAUGAUGCAUUCGAGCUGCAGCUGAAACUGCUGAAGCAAGUUCCUGAGGAGUAUCCUUACAAAGACGACGAGUAACAACUGAAACUUUUGAACUUUGUAUUGCUUGCCUUAAAGCAUUUUCUGUUUGAUCUGGAAAUAUUAAGCUCCCUAAACCCUCCGCCAUGAUAAAACAUUUCGUUCUAGUGUUACGAGUUACAAUGUUGAUGAUUAGCUACCCAGAAUUUUUCUCGUCA